CAACGAAAACAGCCGGCAAGCGACCGUCCUCGCCAGACACAAUAUGUCCUUAGCCGAGGCUGCUUCAGACACCGAGCAUCGAACGGAGGAAGAUAACAAGACGCCUACCCCCACCAAUAAGAAGAAGAACAGCGAUAAAGGGAGACAGAUGUCAGACUCUUACAUGUGGAAGGAACAGAUCCAUACUCUGAUGAAGGGCGGAGAGAGCGAGUCCGAUAUCUCGGACUCGGAACACUUCCUGACCAAGGGCGCAUUCCUCCUCACCCCCUCCCACGGCCUCAGCAUGGAGAAAGCCUCAGCCAUUUGCGAGAAGAUGGAGUUCAAAGGCUGCUUCUCACUCACGAAGACCGCUACUGGCAUCCUCUUUAAAUUCUCCAGCGUUGAUGACUACCAAAUGGUCUUCAAGAAAGGUUUCCAUAAAGUAACUGGAUCCAGGUUUUAUAGGAAGAUCGCCAUUCCCUGCAGACCUCAGAAGACGUUCACCAUCUACGUGUACGACAUUCCUGAUGAGGUUCCCGAGGAGGACGUCCGUCACGCCCUCUACAAGUUCACCUCCGUCGUGGAAGUCGUCCGUCUCCACUUCUCCGGCUCCCCCAAGGAUGGAAACACUGGUUGGUAUAGUACAGGAACCUCCACCCCCAAGCCGAUAGAGAAGACGUCUUCCCGCGCCCUCACCACCAUCGACGGCGAGCUGGUGAGCAGCAUGAUCCCCAAGGAGGCCACCAGCGUGAUCCGCGUCACCCUGGCCAACAUUGAGGAAGCUAACAUCCUGCUGCAGAAUGGCCUGGACUUCUAUGGCGCCACGUUCUUUCCUACUGAGCUCGCGACGCCGGCGCAAGCUGCUAAGCUCAUCAAGCCCAGCAGUUUGGUUGUCCCCAGGGUCACGGGCGGCACCGUGUCAGCCAGGGUCCGUGACUUACUGCCAGUGUUUGACCAGCAAGGGUUCGCCAAGUUCGCGCCGCCAGCCUCGCGCUUGGUCAAACCAAGAUCCAAGUAGACGACUAGGGAGCAAACUGUCAUUGCAUGAGAUUGAGCGGAUUACAGCAAAAUAUGACUGCGCUUUUGUCAGAGUUCGCUUGCCGACUGGGUGUCGUUCACUGAAGAAGUUUAACUAAAAUUCGCUUGUUUCUGGUGAUAAUAAAAAUGUGUCUGAUGAUCUAGCUCAUGCAAUGGUAGAAUGAAAAAUGGAAGAUCGCGUUGGACAAGGAAAUCGAAACGAAAAAUAAAUAACUUCAAUAACAUUUCAUAUUUAGGAUGAUUGUUUUAAUAUCAACUAAUAAUGUACAUAAACAAACAAAAGUUUGGAAAAAACAAUAAAUGUAUGAUUUAAUUGAAUCCCUGUACUUAAUCGUAGACAGAAAGUACCGAAAUGCAUUUAAUAUAAUGUUUAACUUAACUAAAUAAUGUGCCAUUACAUAGACACUAUUUUUUAAUCUGUUUUGUUACCAAUUUUGUAAUAAUGAAUGUUAGUUUCUA